CUCAUUAUGAAUAAUGUUUCUGUAAUAACAAUGUUUUUUCUUUCAGGUUUAAAUGAAACAGUGAAUCACAGGUUUGUUCUCUUCUUUCUCAGUUUGCUGUGUUACUGCAUCAUUUUCCUGCUAAAUCUUGCUCUUACUGUGACCAUCAUCUUGGACAAAAACCUCCAUGAACCCAUGUAUAUUCUGCUCUGUGUUUUUUGCAUGAAUGCACUUUAUGGAACAGCAGGUUUUUACCCUAAAUUUCUCUGGGAUCUGCUCUCUCCUGUUCAUGUUAUCUCAUAUUACGGUUGUCUUAUUCAGACUCAUGUGGUUUAUUCUUUUGCCUGCAUCGACGUUUCGAUUCUUACACUCAUGGCAUUUGACAGAUAUGUGGCCAUAUGUCAGCCACUGAAGUAUCACUCUUUCAUGUCAAAGCAAAGAGUCAUUAAGGUUGCAUGUUUUUCUUGGUUCACACCUUUUUGCAUUGUAGCUGUAAAUAUUUUUCUAACAUCCAGGCUGAAGUUAUGCAGCUCGUACAUUUCCAGACUCUUCUGUGUGAACUCAGUUAUUGUCACACUUGCUUGUUCACGAGCUGAAACUAUCAUAAACCACAUAGCUUCAUAUAUUACAAUAACUGUUUAUGUAUUCCACGGUUUGUUUAUUGUGUGGUCCUACGUUUACCUCAUUAAAACAUGUGUAAAGUCCACAGAAAAGAGGGCAAAGUUCAUGCAGACAUGUGUCCCACAUUUAGUUUCCCUACUCACUUUUCUUGUGGCAAUACUUUUUGAUGUUUUGAAUAUCCGAUUUGGUUCAAUAGUUUUACCUCAAACCCUUCAAAACUUUGUGACAAUAGAGUUUCUUGUCAUUCCUCCUAUUAUGAAUCCUCUUAUUUAUGGCUUCAAAUUGACCAAAAUUAAGAAAAGAAUCUGUACUUUUAUUACUUUCCGUAUUUCAGUGACUCCUGCUUAUGCUGGCAAAGAACUUCUGAGUUUUAGAAGUUAG